UUGUGACCUCCUCUGAAUUGCAAGUCGAGGCUAGAAUCUUAAAUUCGUACAGUAGUUAAUUUAUUAAUGUAAAUCAACAAAAAUAAACAUAUUUAGAAUAUUUGUUACUGGCAUGGCUACAGAAACAAAACCCCACUGGUCUGAUACGCUGAGCAGAAGACUAGCAAACUCUGAAAAAGGAAAUAAAAGUGAAGAUGAAAGGAAAACAGAAGAAACUGCUCUUUUUACCAAAUAUUACACGCAGUUGAAAGGAGGAGGCGCUGAAGAUCAUGAGUCCUACAAGACCAUUCCACGAUUCUACUACAAGCUACCAGCAGAAGAUGAAGUCCUUCGUCAGAAGCUGAGGGAGGAAUCCAGAGCUGUCUUUCUCCAGAGAAAGAGUAGAGAGCUUUUAGAUAAUGAGGAGCUACAAAACCUGUGGUUUCUACUGGACAAGCAUCAGGUGCCUCCGUUAAGUGGAGAAGAGGCCAUGAUCAAUUAUGAAGCAUACGUGCUGGUUCGACAGAAGGCUGGGCCCAAGUGCAGAAAAUUCUUUACAGCUAAAGUGUACGCCAAACUGCUGAGCAACGAUCCAUAUGGCCGAAUCUCCAUCAUGCAGUUCUUUAACUAUGUCAUGAGGAAAGUGUGGCUCCAUCAGACCCGAAUAGGACUGAGUCUGUAUGAUGUAGCAGGACAGGGCUACCUCAGAGAGUCGGAUUUGGAAAACUACAUCUUGGAGCUGAUACCCACUCUUCCUCAGCUGGAUGGACUGGAGAAGUCUUUUUACUCUUUCUAUGUUUGCACUGCUGUUCGCAAGUUCUUUUUCUUUCUUGACCCCCUCCGAACAGGAAAGAUAAAAAUCCAGGAUAUUUUGGCCUGCAGUUUUUUGGAUGACCUGCUGGAGUUAAGAGAUGAAGAAUUGUCCAAAGAAAGCCAAGAAUCCAAUUGGUUUUCAGCUCCGUCAGCUCUCAGAGUUUAUGGCCAGUACCUGAACCUGGACAAAGACCAUAACGGCAUGCUGAGCAAAGAGGAGCUGUCCCGAUACGGCACUGCCACUCUCACCUCAGUCUUUCUGGACAGAGUUUUUCAGGAAUGUCUCACCUACGACGGAGAAAUGGACUAUAAGACCUACCUGGACUUUGUAUUGGCCUUGGAAAACAAGAAAGAACCUGCAGCCAUACAGUAUAUUUUUAAACUGUUGGACAUGGAGAACCAAGGAUACCUCAAUGUUUUCUCUCUAAACUAUUUCUUUAGGGCCAUUCAGGAGCAGAUGAAGCAGCAUGGUCAAGAACCCGUCUCCUUCCAGGACGUUAAGGAUGAGAUCUUUGAUAUGGUGAAGCCUCAAGACCCAUACAAGAUCACCUUCCAGGAUUUGGUGAACUGUUGCCAGGGUGACACGGUGGUUGGCAUCCUAAUUGACCUCAAUGGUUUUUGGACCUAUGAGAACAGGGAGGUGCUGGUUGCCAAUGACGACAGCAGCAACACCGUUGAUCUUGAAGAAACCUAAGAUGGACACCUUAUAGUUAAAGAUGAGUUUUUAUGUGCAACCAAACAGAAAUGGCGUCUGUGGCGUUGUAGGUUAUCAUUGAGUUUCAAACCUAAAAUACAUUAAUAACAGGAAGGGGCUUUACUAAAAAAAUAGAUGAAAGAGACUUUAACUAGAUGAAAACGGGUCAGUUUGUGUUUUAUGUAAAUGUUCUUAUCAUUCUGUAAGAAGCUUUAUUCUGCAAAGUCUUCUUCCCGCUCAUUUUCUGUACCUCAAACCCUAAAGAAUGUUUUUGAUUCUAGUACUAUGUAGCAGUUUUACAAAGUUCAAAUAUAAAUGUCUAAUAUUCCUCUGAA